AUGGUACAGGAAACGCCCAUGACAGCAACCGAGUUGGCGGCGGCGGCUGAACGCGCUGAGCGCGAUGAGGCGCGCGCUCCUGGUACCAAAGCGACGCAUGGGAAUAGCUGCAAUGGCGGCGGGAUGGGCGAUGGCGGCGGCAGCGCCAGCGACAGCGGCAAUUCUCAUGUGCCGUCGCGGAGAAGUGUUUGGGGCGAUGGCUCACAGUUGCAGGCGGCGAAUCGAGAGGUGAACAGGAAGCUGUCGUACCGAGGGAAGCAGAAGGUGGAAGCGUGGAGGGCGAUAUCUGCAGUGGGCGGAGACAAUGCCUCUUCGCGGGGUGGUGGCGGCGGUAUUAGGAGUGCUUGGUCGCCUGGGGCAGGGGAGGGGACGGAGGAUGACCCUUUGGUGCUGGAGUGA